AUGAGUAUUAUUCAUGAAUUUGAAAAAGAGUACAAACCAGAACAUGCUAUUUGGUGGUAUACUCGUGAAUGUUGUUUCUAUCGAAUUAUGAACAAAGCUUUACGUGGAUCAGAUUUCGACACAAUCUUCGAUUUUCGAUUCUUUAUUGCCGAUAUAGCUAAACAUAUAAAAGCUGAAUACGAGAAAUUUAUUCGAACAACAAAAAUACGUGAACCGUUCUGUGUUUAUCGAGGACAGAGAAUCAACAAUGGGGAUUUAGAACUGAUGAAGAAAAGUAUAGGUGAAUUCUUAUCAACGAAUUCUUUCUUAUCGACGAGUCAAAGACGAUCUGUGGCCCUCACAUUCAUCGAAAAAAUCAUGCCUACCGAUGGCUAUCAUCGAAUUUUAUUUGAAAUUCAGGCUGAUCCACAACAGAAAACAAAAGCGUUUGCUAAUAUCAAAGAAUGCAGUUACUUCAAAAAAGAAGACGAGGUGUUGAUUAUGCUUGGCGCACUUUUUCGCAUCGAUAAAGUUCUUGAAGACCCCCAAACUAAGAUUUGGAUGGCUAAUUUAACCUUAGCAGAUGAUGACGAUUUGGGGUGUGGGUGUGGGUGUGGGUGUGGGUGUGGGUGGGUGUGGGGUGUGGGU